AUGACACGAUUUUCUCCGUUGGAUGAAGAUGCCGAAUUACAUAAUAUUAUCAAAAAAGUACAAACUCAUUCUCGUAAUCAUUCAAAAUCUUGUUUAAAAUAUCAUAAAACUUUGUGUCGAUUUGGAUUUCCGCGACCUGUUGCUCGACGGACUUUUAUAUGUGAGCCAAUAAAAGUUGAUAAUGAUGAUGAAAAACAACAUACAUGGAAUGCUAAUAUGGAUAUUCAAUUCGUACUUGAUCCAUAUGCCUGUGCAAAAUAUCUUAUGUCGUAUACAACGAACCCACAACAGGAAAUGAGUUUAUUAUUAGAAGCAAGUCAUAAAGAAUGUCGUGAAGGAAAUAUAUCAGUACGUGAAGAAAUGAAAAAAUUAACAGGUACAUUUUUUUAA